AUGGUUCUCAACUUGACCUUCCACAGCAGGCUAUCACUCGCCGCAUCAACCGCUAUCAUCAUCACCGAGAGCUCUAAGCCCUGGCAGAACGGGGGAGUCGACGAUGGCGACCACGAUCGCCGCUUCCACGCCCAGGCGAUGAUGGUCAACGUGAGCCUGCCUGACCUGAAGGCCACGGAACAGAACGAAAGUAACCAUCGAUCCGGACCCGCUCAACUUCACCGCGUCACUCGGCGUGGGACACGAUCAGAUUAUCCCAGUAGAUCCUCGGCCAUUAAUUCUAAAUGCCCCGUCGCAGACUACAAACUACGUCCUAGGGGCAUCGUCGAGCCCGGCAGCAACCCCACGGCUAAUUCUGGUGGACCAAAGCACCAAAUGCUUUCUCACCUACUCGAGCGUCGACCACCAUUUUGCUGCUUCUCCCUCUGGCGUUGCUACUACAAUAUCUCCGUCUCUCCUCAAUAUGGGUAUGGGCAUAAAUAUGUACUAUCAGAACCCUCAUCCUCACCCUCACCAGAGUCUGCGUCCUCAUCGCCCGACUCCUCCUCCCUCAAUAAUGAUAACGAGAUCAGCCACGACACUAUCAAAAUAGGCCUGUCGCCAUCCGACGUGGAACUGGUUGACUCGGAUGAGCUUAGCAGCGUCGGCAGCUCGAGUACUUUCAGACCCGUCACGGGCACCAGGCCGUUUCACAAGUUUAACGGGAAGACUCGGUUUCUACCCCCUGGGAAUACAGCACUACGGCGGGUUUCCAGCAAAGAAGAAACAAAUCAAUGCCCCGGCACCACAUUAGCCUGCAUGGUACACUUCUUCGAAACCGACUACGGCUCUCAAAGAGCGGUCGAGAAGGCGGGAAUGGUCCCCACCACCAACAUCCAGACAUACGACUUCCCGCUCCUCCAGCAGAACCUGCUAUCCUCUCGAGAGUGCGAGAGCUAA